ACAGGACAUUGCCACUGCAGUUCCACGUAAAGCAGUUGUGACUAGAACAUAAUUCACUCGAUUGAGCCGUCCAAGGGGCCGUUGAAUGAGCUCGGUGUGGCGAAGAUUUACGUGUGCAGCGAUUGUGUGCUGGCAACUGUGGCGAGUAUUGGCUCAUCGAUGGCGCAGCAAGGGACACACGACACAGGAGAAAAGGGAGGUGGAUGUAUGUUGAGAUCCCAGUUGAUGAGGACAGGCCGACAGGGCAUAACAAGGGAAGAAUUAGAGCCGCUUCUAGCGGGGACCCCUGGUCAAGAUAUCUCUCUUCUGGGCCAGUUGCUCUGUUGGGACUGGGGUAGCUUAGCAAACUUGCAAACUUGCAUUAUGUAUUUUGUGGUGACAUAUUGGAUAUUUAAUCUCACGAUUGAGACUUUGCUCGAGAAUCACACGGUGGAACAGGGACACAAAUGUCUGCAGAACACCCCAAAAAUACAUUUUAUACAGAGUAUAUUGCUUCGUAUACGAUAAAUGAAGUGAGGCAAAAGAAGACUGGAAAUAAGGAUUGGAAUUUGGACCGGAUGAAUGGGCAACGGAACUAUUCCACCAUGAGCUAAGUGCCAUGGGUCAGUCCAGUGAUAGACGGGCGCUAGCAACGUCUGAACUCUUGGUGUGGCUUGUUGCGUCCCGUCGUGGAUGCAUGCUUUUCUUCAAAAUGUACACUAACAAUACCCUUUGGCAGGGAGAACGGUCGAAUGAAUCGCUAGACUGGACUGUAAUAGCAGGAGAGAAGAAUCUCAAACGAACGAACAGUUCCGAAGCUUGAACCUUGAUAUCCACUAGGCACAUAGUUGAGGAUGUCGGAUCUUGCGGUCAAGGGCAUGAGUAGAAGCGCGGCAUUUUGUUGAUGCGAUGCAACGAGGAGCCCUGCCUUGUGUUGUACAUACACGAAAUAGUGCCAAGCACACACGUAGAAGCACACGUACAUACGGAUACACAAGGAUGCACAAGCUCCCCAUGCACAGGUCGUCGAUCUAUUUGCUAUCUGACCAUGCUCGAAAUUGGACUUCGUCUAUUGACCGGCUGCAGGGUCUUGAGUGACAAUGGCCAGAAGCAGUUUCUCGCCGACAAGAACCUUGAAUCUCAACAUCCAAACCCAUGUCGAUAGAAUCACAGACCAGAUGAUGGAUAGCCAAUGUUAAAGCAAGGUACCAGGCAGUACCUGACAAGAGGCUGGGAGAUUGCCCUUGGGCCAAGGUAGAGUUUUGUACCCCGGCUCUGCCGUUGGGGCAUCCCGAGUACUCCACUGUCUAGUGGGCAGCGCCGAGUCAAGUCCUUUCAUUCAUUCUUCUGAAAGAGCACAGACGGACGCCCGGAGCGGUAGGGAGUUGUACGGGCGAAUGUCGUGAUGAGAUCACAUCGCAAGGCCUUUGCUGUUGCCAGAGCGGACGGUGUAAAUAAUUCGGUGAUCAGUCCUCAAGACAUCUCCAUCAAGGCCUCAUCGACGCAUCUGCUUCUGAAGUGAAGACGCAUGAGCUUGAACAACUACUCACCGAUAAC